AUAAAUUGUAAUAAAAAAACACAAUGGCAAUCUUGCAAUAAUUUUAAACAAAGAGGCAUGUUAUUGUAAUUUUCCCUUUUUUCUUUUUCUUUUUUUACGAAAUAAAUAAAGUGCUCUCUCCCUAAUAUAUAUUCGAAAGGAAGCUAAGGCAUUUAAGCCUUCCUUAAUUAGCUAAUCAAAGUUAAAAAAUUAUCAAGUCCAUGGCACCCUGGAGUCCAUACCUCGUUGUACGGACACUUGAUCAGUUUUUGUUGUUUAUCAUCAUUCUACUAUUUCUUCUUUGUUCUUCUAGUACUUGUUUUGCAACAAGUGGAGAGGCAGAGGCCCUUGUGAAAUGGAAGGACAGCCUUGAUAUGAAUCCAACUACUCAUUCUCUUCUCCGCUCUUGGAAUCUCAAUUCUACUAAUUCAACUUCUCAUCAUCACCAUAAUACCCCUUGUUCCUGGGUUGGGAUCACUUGUAAUGACUUUGGAAGUGUCAUCAACGUUACUCUUGAAAGCAGUAAUCUGAAAGGUACGCUUCACAACUUCAACUUCUCCUCCUUUCCCAGCUUGCUCACUCUUGGCUUUUAUAACAACUCCCUCUAUGGAAGUAUCCCAUCUCACAUUGGCAACCUUUCUACACUCACCUCACUUGAUAUGGGGUUCAAUCAUCUCUUUGGAAACAUUCCUUCCCAAAUAUGCCUUUUGACAAGUUUACGUUUCCUUGCUUUGGCUAAUAAUUAUUUGAGUGGCUCUAUUCCACCUCAAAUAGGCAUGUUGGUGUCUCUUGAAGUGAUUUAUGCUUAUAGAAACAAUCUUUCAGGUUCAAUUCCUGUGUCCAUUGGAAACUUGAGCAAGUUAACUGAAUUGAGUCUUGAUGGAAACAAAAUAGUUGGAUCCAUCCCCCAUGAGAUUGGACAGCUUAAAUCACUCACCACCCUUUCUUUGCGUGAUAACCAACUCAGUGGCUCAAUUCCUAUGUCCAUUGAAAACUUGAGCAAGUUAACUGAAUUGAGUCUGGAUGGAAACAAAAUAGUUGGGUCCAUCCCCAAUGAGAUUGGACAGCUUAAAUCACUCACCACCCUUUCUUUGCGUGAUAACCAACUCAGUGGCUCAAUUCCUAUGUCCAUUGAAAACUUGAGCAAGUUAACUGAAUUGAGUCUGGAUGGAAACAAAAUAGUUGGGUCCAUCCCCAAUGAGAUUGGACAGCUUAAAUCACUCACUACCCUUUAUUUGUAUGAUAACCAACUCAGUGGCUCAAUUCCUAUGUCCAUUGGAAACUUGAGCAAGUUAAUUGAAUUGGAUGUUGGUGAAAACAAAAUAGUUGGGUUCAUCGUCAAUGAGAUUGGACAGCUUAAAUCACUCACUACCCUUUAUUUGUAUGAUAACCAACUCAGUGGCUCAAUUCCUAUGUCCAUUGGAAACUUGAGCAAGUUAACUGAUUUGAGUCUUCGUGGAAACAAAAUAGGUGGGUCCAUCCUCAAAGAGAUUGGACAUCUUAAAUCACUCGCCCACCUUGAUUUAAAUAAUAACCAGCUCAUUGGCUCAAUUCCUAUGUCCAUCGGACAGCUAAAAUCUCUUAUUUACCUUUCACUGCAUGAUAAUUACCUCACUGGCUAUCUACCAGAUAAUAUUUGUCUUAACGGGAAGCUUAGACGGUUUACAGCAGGUUUUAACAGCUUUAAAGGUUCAAUUCCCAAAAGCAUAACAAAUUGCAGUUCCUUGGGUAAAUUUUCAGUUGAGGGGAAUCAACUAAGAGGGAAUAUAUCAGAAGAGCUCGGAAUAUAUCCAAACAUGUAUUAUAUGGACUUGAGCAACAAUAAGUUUUUCGGAGAGCUUACUAGAAUCUGGGGACAGUUUCCAAAGCUCACGAUGUUGAAUAUCUCUAACAAUAAAAUUUCUGGUGGGCUACCUCCUGAACUUGGGAAGGCUAUGCAAUUGCGUAAACUUGACCUCUCUUCCAACCUUUUUGUAGGUAAAAUUCCGCAGGAAUUGGGACAACUGAAAUUCUUAUACAUUCUCAUGCUCAAUAAUAAUUUCGUUUCUGGAAAUAUUCCUGCAGAAAUUGGAAUGACUUCAGAGCUUGAAACACUUGACCUUGCAGCCAACCAAUUGAGUGGACCAAUUCCCAUGCAUUUGGAGCACUGUUCAAAACUACUCCAUUUAAACUUAAGGAAUAACAUAUUCAGUGGAAAUAUUCCUUUCCAAAUUGGGAAUCUGCAUUCCCUCGAAAAUCUUGAUCUAAGUAAGAAUUUGCUUUCAGGAAAGUUGCCUUCGGAGCUUGGUCAUUUGGAUAAGCUAGAAACAUUUAACCUUUCACACAACAAUCUGUCAGGCACAAUACCAUCCACGUUUAAAGAAUUGAUGAGCUUGACAUCUGUUGAUAUAUCCUACAAUCAUUUAGAAGGUCCUCUUCCCAACAACAAAGCCUUCCUAGAGGCCCCAUUUGAAGCAUUGGAAGAUAAUAAAGGUUUGUGUGGCAACAACACAAAUAUAAAGAUUUGCCCCAUACCUAAAGAGAAUAGAAGUAAAGUUAUAAUAUUUUUAGUCAUAGUGUCUAUAUCUUGUGCUCUAAUUCUAUCAUUUAUCAUUGUUAGAGUACUAUUUAUUUGCAAAAAGAGAAAGAGGCAUGUUGAUGAGCCAAGACAAACACAAAUGACUGUAACUUUCUUUGAAGCAUGGAGCCAUAAUGGGAAAAAUGUUCAUGAAGAAAUAGUUGAAGCAACUGAGAGCUUCAGCUCUAAAUAUUGCAUUGGAGUUGGAGGAUUUGGAACUGUCUAUAAAGCAGUGCUGUCAACAGGGCAAGUUUUUGCUGUGAAAAAAUGGCAUGAAAAUGGGGGAGGGGCUAGUAAGGAAGCUUUUGAUAGUGAGAUUAAUGUGUUGACAAGAGCUCGCCACCGAAAUAUCAUUAAGCUUCAUGGAUUUUGUUCGCAUACAAGACACUCAUAUUUGGUGUAUGAGUUCAUGGAAAAGGGGAGCUUAGUGAAGAUAUUGAGCGAUAAUGUUAAGGCAGUGGAGUUGGAGUGGACCAAGAGAAUAAACGUGGUGAAAGGUUUGGCCAAUGCCAUAUCAUACAUGCACCAUGGAUGUUGUCCAGCUAUAAUUCAUAGGGACAUAUCAACUAAGAACGUUCUAUUGGACGAUGAUUACGAGGCUCACAUUUCUGACUUUGGUUCUGCUACAACUUUGGAUCCAGAGUCAUCGAAUUGGACACCAUUUGCAGGAACCCUUGGCUACUCAGCCCCAGAGCUUGCUUACACAAUGCAAGUAAAUGAGAAGAUAGACGUGUACAGCUUCGGAGUUGUAACAUUAGAAGUGAUCAUGGGAAAGCAUCCAGGAGAUCUCAUAUCAUCUUUAUUACCAUCACCAUUACCGGAUUUCGAUGUUCUACUUAAGGAUGUACUGGAUCAACGUCUCUCGCCUCCAAGGAGGCAAAUAGUGGACCAUGUGAUCUCCAUUGCAGAAAUAGCAUUUGCAUGCCUACAACGAAGUCCACAGUCUCGGCCGACUAUAAAGCAAGUAUCUCAGAAGCUGUCAACUCCAUUACAAUCAUUAUCAGAGCCUUUUCAUAUGAUUACAAUAAAGCAGCUGUUUGAUUCCCCAACAUGGACAUCCUAAAUUGCUGCAGUUUUUCCUAGUUUUAGAUUGUCUACAUGUGUGUCUUUGCAUUGUCUUUCACUCUGUCAUUCUUCAUUAGUCCCCGGUUUGUUUUUCUUUUUCUGCUUAAUAAGUUAGCCCACGCUUAGAUAUUCCAAGACAUGGUAGUGUAAUGGCUCUCUUCUUGUGUCUUUAAUGGAUAAAAAACACGAUCUUUUAUUUCUCUA